GCCACGAAUCUCAUGACACUGGUCAUAUUUUGGAAAACCGGACUCGCCGACGGCAUCUCGGUCUGUUUCUUCUCGCUGACCGUCUCCGACCUGUUCUGCCUCGCGCUGUUCCUGGCGUCCACAGUGCUGGCCAUACUGGACGUUCCGUUUCACGUCAGGCCGUACGUGAGCUUCUACUGGGUGUGCUUCAUUCUCCCGUUCUACGCCCUCUUGUUCUACAACACGUCGACCCUGACCACAGUCUUCCUGACCGUCCAGAAAUGCUGCUGUGUCGUCCUGCCGCUCAAGUUCAAGGACGCGUUCUCCCGCGCCCGCUGCGCCGCCGUCAAUGUCUGCAUUUACUGCGUGGUCAGCGUCACGUUCAUCCCGUUCACCAUGACCGUGGUGCCGUUUCAUCCCGGCUUCGAUCCCACCACUAAUUCUACUCGCCUCAUGUUUUACCUGUCGUCGUUCUUCAGCGAUGAAGUGUUACCUGCGAUUAAAGCGAUUAAUUACGUAUCGAUACCAAUAGUCUCCGAAAUAUCUGUUUUCUUCUGCACGCUUCUACUGACCGUGAGACUUCAACAAUCUUUGAAGUUUCGAUCCUCUGGAGCUGUUCAAAGCGGGGCCGCAAAUCGCGACUACAAAAUUGGCACGCGCGCCAAGGAAGGCGCUGAAAAUUCAUCGGUGAUAAGACAAAACGUUGUAAAACGUUUUUUGAAAAGUGAUUGUGGCUCUGAAACAACAAGGGUGAGUUGGGAUACGCCAAGUGAUAUCAAAGCCGAUGGGGAUGUCGCCUUCGAAGAUUUCAGAAAACCGUCCAAAAUUAACCCCAUGUCAUCGACCAAAGAGCGACGCGCCACCCAAGCCGUCAAGACCGUCGCCUUGAUCUUCGUGCUGGCCAACAGCCCCGACGUCAUCGUUUACCUGACCAACUUGGUCGUGCCAGAGUUCUCCGCCUCUUACCGCAACACUUACAGGCUGUGUAUAGAGCUGCAGGAUUUGUUGCAUGUCAUCAACAUGUCCGUUAACAUUUUUGUUUAUUUAAAGUUUAAUUCCAAGUUCCUAAGAACGUUUCGGGCCACGUAUGGUUUCCUUCUCUGCUAA